GCUAUGUUUUGCUGAUAUGACAGGCUGCCAGCAGUCUGGAUAUGCUCCACUGGGUGGAAUGUGCGGAGGAAGAUCGUCACUUAGCGUUGCCAGGGCUGAUGGUCUUCAAGCAACUAGUGAAGAGGCACAUGAAUUAGGGCACAACCUAGGUAUAGUCCACGAUGGCGAAGCAAGUGGGGGAUGCUACGAUUCGAUGCAUAUUAUGUCUGUCAGUCAAACUGGUACGGUUGGAAAUGAUUUCACGUGGUCAACUUGUAGUGCUCAGCAGCUUGCAGAUAAUCUCAAGUAG